GAAACAUCUCUCUCUCUCUCUCUCUCUCUCUUUUUGCUGCUUCCUCGGUUUCAUCGUCAGUUUCAUUUCAUCUAAUCUCAACAAUGGCGUCAUUGUCCCUACCUUACGCCAAGAUCUCUGCCUCAAACCGCCGGUUCGGAUCUGUUCUUGGUAUCCGACGACAGCCGCAACUCAAUGGCGUCUCAUUCCCUUCCGAGAAUCAAUCUACAAUCUGGAGGUUGUGUGCGACAACCAAUGAGGUUGUGUCUAACUCAACACCAAUGAGUAACGGUAACGGGAAAGUGAAGAGCAAUGUUCCUGAACCAGCCCAACUCUCUGACUUUAUGGCUAAAGUCUCUGGUCUCCUUAAGCUUGUGGAUUCAAGAGACAUAGUUGAACUUGAACUGAAGCAGCUAGACUGUGAGAUUGUGAUUCGUAAGAAGGAAGCUUUACAGCAACAACCUGCACCACCUUCUCCUGUUUAUCACUCUAUGCCUCCUCCUCCUCCAAUGGCUCCAUCUCAACAAGUUGCUCCUCCUGCUUCUCCUACUCCCUCCUCGGCCCCGGAAACUGCUAAACCAGCAACCCCACCUCCCUCUUCUCAUCCUCCACUCAAGAGUCCUAUGGCUGGUACUUUCUACAGGUCUCCUGGACCUGGUGAACCUCCUUUUGUCAAGGUUGGUGAUAAGGUGCAGAAGGGUCAAGUUGUUUGCAUUAUUGAAGCUAUGAAACUCAUGAAUGAGAUUGAGGCUGAGAAAUCAGGAACAAUCACUGAACUACUGGCUGAAGAUGGAAAACCGGUUAGCGUUGACACGCCUCUGUUUACCAUCGUACCCUGAAGCGUCGUUUUAAGCUUGGUUCAGAACAUCUUCAGAGUCUUGGUUUAGUUAAUACCAACGUGCUGGAAGUCCUUAACUAAUUGUUUCAGUCAAGUUGGUUUCGUUUCGUUUUUUUUUUUUUGCCUAAACUGUCAGCUUUUGCGUGAAUCACGUAACGUAUUAAUAUUGCAUGUUUUUAGAAUAAUUUCGAUAAAAUAAUUCAGUUUCGAGUAUGUUUUGAUAUGAAAUGCGCUGUUCGGAUGAUAUAACUUAAAAGAA